ACAAAAACACAGUCAGUGCUGCUGCUACUGCUGCUGCUGCUAUUAUGAAAUCCGUGCAGUCAUGUGAUGUCUUCUCCCAUCACCAUGACAAGUUGGAAGUCUGACCUUCGGCCACAUGCAGGGACUGAAGACUGCAGUACAGCAGCUGCAGUUCACCCGAGGCUACACUAGGGGCGGAGUUUGACCUCACAAGUCUCAAAACAUCACUAAUCCGCGUCGGACAUUCUGGCACAGACACAGGCCAUCACCAUCUUCACCAUCAUCAUCAUCAUCGUCGCCAGCAGCAGCAGCAGCAGCAAUAGGAAGAAGAAAGAGAGAAACACAGGGAUUUCCACUGAAACAGCAUCGUCCUGACCGGGAUCUGCUGCGUGGCAUCAUCCACAGACUCUGUGCUGCGCCCGUGUGCGUGUCAACGGGAUUGGGAAUGCUGCACUAUGGCAGAUAGUGCGCUACACGCGUCUGGACGUAACUGCAGUCAUUUCUAGUCAGUUUAAUUUGCAGCUUUCGGGGAGAAGUGCGGCGGGAUUUGUGCGCUGACGGCUGGACCGCCCUGCGCCUUCACUUCACUCUGUCCUCUUCCCUUGAAGACUCUGCUCAGUUGCCAUUCAAUGUCCAGCUGCACAUGGCUGAAGCUGCCCUGUGGCUGAUCCUGACAAUGCUUUCAACUAACCACUCUGGAGGUGUGUGGGGAUGAAAUGGAUGGAGCCCAUGGCCAGACCAACACACCAGCUCCCACCUCUCAGCAUGUCCAGCUGCAGCAAGUCUCCCUCCAACUCUGGAGAAGUUGCAGGCUCUAACUCCAUGGCAUGGGUGAAGAUGUUUAAAAAACCAGGAGGAGGCCUGAAGAAGUCCUACCAGCCUGGGAGCAUGUUGUCUCUCGCACUCACCAAAGGUCUGCUGAAUGAGCCUGGGCAGAAUAGCUGCUUCCUAAAUAGUGCUGUCCAGGUUCUCUGGCAGCUGGACAUCUUCAGGAGAAGUUUGAGGCAGCUCUCAGGUCACUUCUGUCUGGGCGAUGCUUGCAUUUUCUGCGCUUUAAAGAGUAUAUUCAGCCAGUUUCAGCAGAGCAGGGAGCGCGUGCUCCCCUCUGACAGCCUGCGCAACGCUCUGGCUGAAACCUUUAAGGAUGAGCAGCGCUUUCAGCUCGGCCUGAUGGAUGAUGCUGCCGAGUGCUUCGAAAAUAUCCUGGAGCGAAUUCAUCUCCACAUAGUGUCAGACACUGCAACUGAUGCUUGUUCAUCCAAGUCAUGCAUCACCCAUCAGAAGUUUGCAAUGAUGCUUUAUGAGCAGUUUGUGUGUCGCUGUUGUGGUGCGUCUUCAGAUCCACACCCAUUCACAGAAUUAGUACACUACGUCUCAACUACUUCUUUAUGUCAACAGGUCGAUCGAGUGAUUGGUAAGAAUGAGCGGCUCAGGUCAGACAUGUUUGGAGAAUUGCUGCAGGCAGCAAACAACACAGGAGACCUUCGAAGCUGCCCAAGUAAUUGUGGUCAGAGUAUCAAGAUCCGCCGUGUGCUCAUGAACUGUCCGGAGAUCGUGACCAUAGGCUUUGUGUGGGACGCGGAACAGUCUGAUCUAACAGACGAUGUCAUCCGGUCACUCGGUCCACGUCUGAACCUGUGUGGGCUUUUCAAUCGUGUCACUGAUGAAAAUGCCAAACGUAGUGAGCUACAUCUGGUGGGGAUGAUCUGCUUUUCCAGUAAACAUUACUCAGCUUUUGCCUAUCAUACCAAAUCUUCAAAAUGGAUGUUUUUCGAUGAUGCUACUGUAAAGGAGAUCGGGUCCAAAUGGAAAGAUGUCGCCUCUAAAUGUAUCAGAGGACAUUUCCAGCCACUUCUUUUGUUUUACACUAAUCCCGAGGGAAGUCCAGUGUCCAAUGAAGAUGCACCAAGGCAAACCUCAAUGUGUCCACGGUACAAAAGCCAAGUAAAUGGUGACGCGUCAGUGAAACAUCCACUUGUGAGUCCAAACAAAUUCGAGGAACCUUCCAUGGAGAAUUUCCAGAGGACGACUGAAACAUCAAGAAAGGACAGAGGGCAUCGGAGAACGGAGCCGUCGCAACACAAAGAGGUGGCACAUGCAAGGUCUUCAUCUCCUCCAGAGAAUGGACUGAGGCCGUCUGUGGACCACAAGUUAAAAAACCAUCAACGCACUGAGAAGUCCAUCAACCAUUCAAGCAGAGGGUCUCAGGAGCCACGUGGACCGUCCUUCAGUCCACAGGGUGGUGGACAUAGCCAGAAACACACCACCUCCCCGAGUCGCUGUGAUCAGGAUAGCUGUCAGGAGCAGUUUGAAAAAGGUGGCAGCGGAGGAAACCGGAGUAAAUCAAAGUCCACUUGGAGACCCAUUCGUGAGGUGUUAAAUGUGGACAUGGUUCUAAAUGAACUGGAGCAACGGCGUCAGCAGCAGCAGGACAGCCCACGGUGCAGCAAGACUUCAGCCCAGGAAAGGGACCCUGCUGAGCAGAGCCGAGUCCGGGAGAGGGAAUUUGUACGGACCAGAGAAGACCGAAAGCAGAAGUGUCUGAUGACCAUUUACGAGGACGAGCAGAGGCACGAGACUGAGAGUCACAGCUCUGUGGAGUCAGAGAGCAGGGCCAACCCACAGAGGGGCAGCAGGCUUAAAGGUGGCCCCAAGACGCUGCUGCGUAGUGACACCUGGACCAUUCAGAGGACGGAGUCUGGCUACGAGAGCAGCGACAGACUCAGCAGUGGCUCCACAAACCCAGACUCACCUGGGGUUGAUGGCUUUGCUGCUAAAGAGCAGAGAUCAACAGCAGAGGCUCAGCUGCAAAGCCAGCCACAUCAAAAGGGAGGCGAUGCAAAGUCGAGUGUAACGUCAUCAUCACCUUCACACAAUGGUAAACAUCAAUCCAGACCUCAGGGAAAGAACCACGACCAAGUUUCUCAUUCACAACUUAAGUGCAGUCCAAGUUUAAGGCAUAAAUCAAAGAACACUUCUAGCACCUCCAGGAAAGCGGCGUCUUCAGAGCGUGACUCUGCUGGUCCAGAGAACAGGCAGAGUGAUCAGCUGGAGCCCACAAACUGCAGAGAGACUACAAACCUGAGGCACAUUAUGAAAACCAGCAGCUCGGAAUGGAACAGCUCUGAUGAUCUCGCUCUCUCUGAGCCUGAGGACAGAGAAAGUACUUACUGCUCCAGCAACAGCGAGGCCGUCGCCUCCGAUCCACAGUGUCCUCACAUAACGCUGCCAUACCAGCCUCCCUGUAAUAUGACCACGGAGCCUCUUCAACAACUCAACAAUCAGCGCCAGCUCAGUGCGACGGGGUCCCCUCACCUCCGACCGGCCCAGCGGAUCCCCCCGCACCAGGGUGAAACAAGCCACGCUGCGUUUCGCCCGAGAAUGCUUCAAGAAGCCUUUCAGUCGAGUCCUCGUCUUUCAUCCACGUCCUACAUCAGUCCGCACAGGAAGCCUGAAGUGUCAGGUCUCUGGACCUUCUCAGACACAAGCUCUAAGUCGGGCUCUGACCCAGAGAGGAGCACUCCAUCGUCAUGUGAAAGUGAGGAAAGGGUCACAGGAUGCAGGGUGGAACAGGCAGUGCCAGCUCAAGAGGUUUCUCUGACAACAUACUUCAACGUGGACAACUGUAUGACAGAAACAUACCGUCUCAAAUACCACAACCAGAGGCCUCUUGUCCUCUCUGCCACGGUGCCGCGGACAGUGGCUGUGACUGAGCGCAGAGACACCAGUCACACACUUGCCACUGAAACACACUCACAAGAUGUGCCAAAGAACAGACCUGAAACAAGCCAUAAUAGCAAUAAACCCACUGCAAAAUGGAACCCAGUGACCACCAAAGGACUGGACGACCGUGGUUUUUUAUGAGUGGCACUUGGUAAGUUUUGUUUACAAAGGAUGACAGUGGUCAGUGCUACCUGGAUGCCAAAGAGUUUAGAGAAUGGGAAAAGAUGUUCUGAACCCUGACAUCUCCAGACUGAGUAGAAUUAAUUUAUGCAAUUUAAUGCUGAACGUGUGUGUGUGUGUCAUAUUGUUUUUUACAUGUUGAAACGUCUUCCGUUGUCUUGCAGACGUCUGGACUGUUUCUUUUUUGCACAAAGGGUUUGGUCACUUUAAGUAGAAAAGAAAAAAAUGUUUAUUUCUUUAUUUCCAUUUAUUUCUUUAUUUGUGGAGCAGUUCUGCAGAAGUACUGAAGAUAAACUGAUACAGUGUAUACAUAUUUACAUAUAUAUAUAUAUAUAUGUAUAUAAAGUCAGGUGUGAGAGACUCGGGAGAGCUUGGAUAGUUUACAAAAGCAUGCACAUGCAAAGUCGUAGAUGCUGGACGGGAAUUGAAAUCAGAAGACAAGAAAUGUCUGCACAUCAGCUGAGGCGCCCACAUAUUUUUGUUAAAAACUACCUUCCAAGUAAUGAUUCAGGUGCAUUUUCAGAAACAUUAUCUGGAUGGUAAUCUAAAACAAAGUGUGUGGGAGCCUCAUCCGGUGUGUACACUGAGCUACAAUUCAAUUGUUCUGUGGUGUGAGGCGUGAUAACAAGAAAAUCACAGCACGAUGACAUGAAAGGUACUUUAAAUAACCCUUAAGCAGAGUAUGAUGUCGUUCUACAAAACAAAACAAAAUAAAAACCUAUGUUGUAAUGGUUUGAAUCUGCAGCAGGUUUGAUGUAGAUCAUGAAAUCACACAAAGGAGGGUGAAGUAACGUGACUGACUUCAUUUAGGGCACGGGGUCACCAGGGAACUGAUGUGGCAACAUUGAAGUGUAUUUACUUUGUGAUUAGUUUAAGCUCUCACCUUUCAUCUGUUCUUUUACAACGUGUGUGUGUGUGUGUGUGUGUGUUAAUGAGUGACUGAGAGUUGACCUGUAGCAUCAGCCUCUGUGGCUGUAGAAAAGGAUUGUUGUCGAUUCAUUGCUUCCGGUGAUUUGUUGAUUUUUUUGGCGAAAUUUCUUGCCAUGAUUCAUAAAUAUGUCUUUGAGAUCUCGUCAUGACGUUCUGUAGCUGGGACCGCGCUCAGGUUAUUCGUCUUUAUUUAUUUCCUUUUAAUCUUUUUUUAUUUUUUUGCAACUCACAAUGAUGUCAAGUCUUCCUGUUUAACUUCCUGAAAAAUUAACACACAUAUGUAUUUGCAGGGAUUUGUCAUAAACAUGCCAAUAUCAUUAACAUGCCUGUCUGAUAUGAAUAUGAUUAUUAUUGACCAUACAACACAACACACACACAAAUAUUCUUGUUAAUAGGGUUAAUGUUCUGAAACCUGCAUGUGGCCUUUACAUAAGUCUUAAUAGCUGUGUGUGCAGCAUAAGCAUGAGCAUGAAAAUACUGGGCCGAGCCCAGCAAACAUAAUUCUAUUGGAUUUUACUUAAUGGUGAUCCAACAAGUUCAUGAAGUGUCAUUUUGUAACUUCACUUGAUUUGGAAACGUUUUAAUGCUUGAAUGAUCGUCUUUGCAUCCCGUGUAAAUAGAAAGGAACAAGCAAAUAGUGACCUGACUGUCCAAGACAUACUAUGCAUUCUAACUAUUAAGGUUCUCUUUAAAGCAGAUUUGGGUGUUUUUAUCACUUCAUAUUCUGUACAACAGACGUUCACGAGACCAUGACUUUUCUUUAGUGCUCACUAGAUUGCCAAAUAUUCCCUGCCCUUUAUUCAUACAUGCAGGUGUUGUAUUUCACUUUACUUUGCAAUGUUUUCUUUCUACAAUAGAUUUAAUAGGGUACUUCUCUACUGUCGUCACAGCACAUGUUGACUCACGACGUUUUUGUUUGCAUUUGAUGUCAGAGGAUCGUGUUCAGAGAUUCAAGUGAAUGUCGACUCACACACAUUUUUCACAUUCUUUUUUAUACUAUUGACAUGAUUCAGUCGAAGCAAAACAAGGGAUACACUCUCACUGAAGGUAUAAGAUUAAAGAAAUAAUCUAUGUACACAGUGACACAAGCUGAUUGAGCUGUAUACUAAUAGUUUUAUUUUAGGAUACAAUAACUAAUAUUAAGAGAACAAUGAAAUGAAAAUUGUCAAUUUAUUCUCGCCUGCGAAGCGUUUUGUGGUACGUUGUGUGACUAAUGGUUUCCUUUUAUCUCCUGUAUUUUUCUUUUAUUUAUUUCCAAACCAAAUUCUCUUGUUUUCACACAAGUUUUAAUUCAAAAUUGGAACUUUGUGUCUUCAGUUGUAUCAAGAGUGCCUUGACAUUUUCAGAGGGACACUUUUUUUUUUUCCUGUGUGUUUGUGUGAGUGAAAAAAACAUGAGGAAAAGAAGGAGAUGAAUGAAAUGUUUGAAUAUGCAAUGCUAAUGGUGACACUCCUAUAUGUGCACUGUUUGUGCAGCUGGAGUGUAAGAGCUGUGGAUUUGUGCCAAAUUGAAUUUGCCCACAAGUUCUUUCAGUUCUUUGGAAGUGAUAAGCACGACUGAAACCGUCGUGUCAAGUGUCAAGUUCAUCCAACUGUCUGGUGCUUCUAGGUUUGAAGGCGCUUUAAUGAAUAACAGUGAGUUACUGUAUGCACCAAAUGUGUGAAAAAUCAAGUUGAUUAUAGGAAAUCUUCUUAAACCCAUGAUCUCUAUCCCUCAGUUAAAGGCUUUAUAUACUGCAAAUCCACUAUAGAGGCCCAUUUUACAAAAGGACAACUACUGUAUGUCACUCAACAUCACAGUUGGCAUUGCAUCAAUCCAUGACUUUAUGUUGUGCUAAAGAUAAAAGGGGUCGGACUUCCAUUUUUCCCACAUUUAUGUGAUGAUUUUCUUUGUUACGGGCUGAUGUGAAGGCCUCCGUCCUGCUCUCAUGUCUCUGUAUGUGGUUAGAAUUCACUGCUGAACUUGAGUUGUCAGUGAAUGACUUUACAGAAUUGUAGACCACUUCAAAGAAUCAUGUAAAAAUCUGUCUACACAUUAUAUUUUUGUAGAUAAAUAUUUAUUUUUAUUUAUUGUUGAAUAAAGUUGUAAUUCCUGUA